UUUUUUUUUUUCCCUCCCCGACAUCAGCAUUGACAUUUGACUGGUAAUUCGACACGCACUUCUGUCGAUUUAUAGCGUUAUUGAUCACCUCAAGUGCAUGUCGAAAUAAUCGCAGACCUCGGCAACGAUCCUACUGAAUUGUGUUGUGGUGCUUUGCCACCGCUGUCGCCUCGCGAUUUACCUUCACGACGCGCAUAUUGCUUUCGUAUUCUUACCCUGCAAUAGCCUGCCUUCACCGACUGUUACCAUCUCACACUUUCUGAUAACCCACAUCGCAUCGGUCAUAGAAAUAAGAAUCGAAUUCAAUCAGAAUCAAUCAGAAUCAGCCCAAGAUGUCUAUCGAGGUGGCUAUGAAUACGCCGCUGGCCGAUGCGCUUAACCAGGCAAUCCAACCCAAACUGGUCGAAGUGGGCUGGGCAUCAGGUGGCGCCGACGACAGCGCGCUAUCUGAAUACAUCAUCUUGAUGCUUGUCAACGGAAAGACCCAGGAUCAGAUUGCUGCCGAAUUAGCUGGCGAUCUUCUCAGCCUUGGCCCCGACGACCCUGGCGCCCGAGACUUUGCGAAGUGGCUCUUUGAUCAGAUCGAGUCUUUGAACGCUCAGUUGAAUGGAGCUCCCGCCCAAUCGGAGAAUAAUGGUACUGGAGCUUCCCAAACCGUGCCGACCUCCGCCGAUCAAGACGCAGAUAUGGUUAUGAUGUCUCUUCAGGUCCCGGAGCUGAAUGCUCCCACAGGCCCUAGAUCUAUGAGAAAUCCCAACAUGCGAGGCAAUCGAGAAAAGAGGAUGCUUGGACAAAUGAGCAAGGCUAUGGAUCGUAGCCACGAUAACGUGUUGCACCGUGUUCGAGCAAAUGGUAACGAAAGGAUCAACGCCCAUCGAGCGCCUCCUACUGGUCCGAGGGGUGGCUUCGGACGCCCCAACAAUCGCGUGGCAAACAACCGCGCGGCUGGGUUCGCUGCUCAUCUGGGCCAAGUUGGUGGAGCCUUGCCUAGUAUGCAUGAUCCUAACGGGAUGCCUAAUCUCAACACCGAUAUGAACUGGAUGAUGCCCAGCGGUGGUACUCCGGAACAAUUAUUCCAGCUCAUUCAACAGCAAAACCAUAUGAUGGGACAGAUGUAUCAACAGCUCACUCAACAAACCCAGUCCAACGGGCGAGCUAACGGAAGGUCUCUUUUCGACCGAGUGCAAAAUCCUCGAGGCGGUAGGCGAGGAGGCCAUACCAACGGUCCCAAAUUCCACCAGGGAGAUGACGCCAAUGCUAAUAUGACUGGUGCCGACAACGAAGACGUUGAGAUGACGCAGGCUAGGCGUGAACUACCCAAUCCCGAGACGACGAUAUGUAAGUUUAACUUGGCAUGUACGAACAAGGAUUGCAAAUUCGCCCAUCAGUCUCCGGCAGCACCGCCGAAUACCACGGUCGACGUUAACGAUGUCUGUUCGUACGGGGCGGCGUGUAAGAACCGGAAAUGCGUGGGCCGCCAUCCUUCACCGGCAACCAGGCGCGCGCAUCAGAACGAGCAAGAGUGCAAGUUCUACCCCAAUUGCACCAACCCGAACUGUCCUUUCAAGCAUCCGGACAUGCCUCCUUGUCGAAACGGAGGCGAUUGCGCCGUGGAAGGAUGCAAGUUCACUCAUCUCCAGACCAUGUGCAAAUACAAGCCGUGCGCGAAUCGGUUUUGCCCAUACAAGCACGAGGAAGGCCAAAGGGGAACGUUCCAGGACAAGGUGUGGACUGCCGAUGGAUCGAAGGAGCACGUGAGCGAGAGGAAAUUUGUGGAUUCGAACGGCCCCGAGGAGCUUGUUGUGCCCGGCGGCGAGAAUGGAUCGGGAGAAGAGGCAGCGGCGACGACUGAUACGAUGAUGUGAAUUUUAGGGAAAGGCAGAGAGAGACGCUACGCGAUGGAUAAUAGAGUCUACGAUUUUAUACAGCGGAAGUGAAAAGGGCGAAGGAUUGGUUGGCAUUCUCGACGAGCAAAUGAGGGAUAAGGGUCGAAAGGGGAAAGAAAGGGGGAUGUGAUGAGGAGGGGGGAAUUCUCAAUUCUAGAAUUGCUAUUGAUACAAAGGCGUUAGGUUGGUGAUAGGAAAAGUCAAAAGGGACUUUUUUUUUUUAGCACAUUACAAUAUACCCGAAUGCAUUUUGUGACUUGAUGAAUAUAAAAAAAAGAUUUCCAAUUUA